AUGGUCGCAUGGAUGGAUGCAGAUUUCCUGAGCAUCGACUGCGGCCUGGAGGCGAACUACAGCGGCUACAAGGACCCAACCACCGGCAUCGUCUACGUCUCCGACGAGCCGUACGCUAACUCCGGCGAGAACCACAGGAUCGCUGCCGACCAAGAGAGCAAAUGGAGCGGCGCCACCAACCUCCGGACGCUCAGGAGCUUCCCGUCGGGCGUGCGGAACUGCUACGCGCUCCCCACCCACGCCGGGACCAGGUACCUGGUCCGGCUGUCGUUCCUCCACGGCAGCUACGACGGCAACGCCGGCUGGUCGACGUUGAGGUUUGACCUGUACCUCGGCGCCAACCGCUGGGCCACCGUGGACAAGGACUACGCCCACGAGGCGGUGUUCGUGGCGCGGGCGAGCUGGUCGCCGGUGUGCCUCGUCAACACCGGCAGCGGCACGCCGUUCGUGUCGCUGGUGGAGUUGAGGCCGCUCGACGCCGCGCUUUACCCGUCGGUGAUGGCGAACCAGUCUAUGGCGAGGUAUAUACGCUGCAGCUUCGCGGACAACAAGAAGUUUAUCACAAGGUAUCCUGAUGACCAAUAUGACCGGUACUGGUGGCAGCUAGGAUACACAAGCCCGACAUGGAAGAACCUUUCCACCGUUUCGGCCAUCAAGCAAGACCCCACAUACACCGUGCCCUUGACCAUUAUCCAGACUGCCAUUGAAGCAGUCGGUAACAACACGACGCUAAACAUUACAUGGCAGGACACGACGCCCGGUGGCCGUGGCUUGAAGUUUUUCAUGUACUUCGCCGACUUCCAGAACAGCCAGCUCAGGCAGUUCAAUGUCUCGUUCAACGACGUCGAGCCGUACCAAUACAGCCCGCCAUACCUAUCCACCAGCGUCCUGUACAACACCGGCUGGUCGACCGCCGGCGAUGGCGUCUACAACAUCAGCCUCGUGCCGACGGCUGCGUCCAAACUGCCGCCGAUGAUAAAUGCUCUGGAGAUCUAUACUCUCAUCUCCCUUGACAGCCCAACGACAUCCCAAGAGGAUUUUGAAACCAUCAUGGCAAUUAAGCUUGAGUAUGGGAUAAAGAAGAAUUGGAUGGGCGAUCCGUGCUACCCAGCAAAUUUUGCUUGGGAAGGAGUGAAAUGCAGUAAUCCUCAUAAUAACAUAUCAAGGAUCAUAUGUUUGGACCUCUCCAACAGUAACUUGCAUGGGACGAUAUCGAACAACUUUACAUUACUCACGGCACUCCAAUAUUUGAACUUGUCAUGCAACCAACUGACCGGACCAGUUCCUGCCUCUCUCCAUAAAAAUAAUACAGGGUCAUUCGUUUUCAGCUUUGAUUCUGAUGGAAAUAUGUGCAACAAACCAACAUUAGUUCUGCCUCCGUCAGGAAAAAAAUCAAAUGGAGCAACUACCUUAGCUGUUUCGGUAGCGGUUCCUGUGGCAGUGAUUGUGGUUCUUGUUCUUGCACUGUUGAUAUGGAGACAUAAAAGAAAGUCCAGUUUUUCUACAGUGGAACCUUCCAGACAUCAACCAAAACAUGAUGAUACACUACAAACAGGACAAGAUCAUGGAGAUGUUCUGCAAAUAGUUGAGAAUCGCCAAUUCACAUACAAGGAGCUUGAGAAAAUCACCAACAAGUUUGAACGACCCAUUGGAAAAGGUGGCUUUGGACCCGUGUACUACGGUCAUUUAGAAGACAAAACCGAGGUUGCUGUCAAGAUGCGUUCUGAAUCGUCAUCUCACGGGCUUGAUGAAUUUUUUGCUGAGGUUCGAAACUUGACAAUGGUGCACCACAGGAAUUUAGUUUCUUUGGUUGGUUAUUGCUGGGAGAACGACCAUUUAGCACUCGUUUAUGAGUACAUGGCUAAAGGCAGUAUAUGUGACCGUUUGAGAGGUAAUAAUAAUGCUGUUAGUGAAACCUUGAAUUGGAGAACACGUGUCCGAAUUAUGGUUGAAGCUGCACAAGGCCUGGAUUAUUUGCAUAAAGGGUGCAAUCUACCGAUAAUUCACCGGGAUGUUAAAACCAAUAAUAUACUAUUAGGUCAAAAUCUACAAGCUAAAAUAGCAGAUUUUGGACUCUCCAAGACUUAUCUCAGCGAAACACAAACUCACAUAACAAUCACUCCAGCUGGGACAGCGGGUUACAUUGAUCCGGAGUACUAUCAAACUGGCAGACUCACUGAGAGCAGCGAUGUCUACAGCUUUGGCAUUGUUAUGCUAGAGAUAGCCACCGGCGAGUCACCCAUUAUACAGGGAGAAGGCCACAUCGUUCAGCGUGUGAAAAGAAAGAUUGUUGCUGGCAACAUACACUUGAUUGCUGAUGCACGAUUAGGCGGUGCCUACGAUGUUAGUUCAAUGUGGAAGGUGGUGGACACUGCAUUGUUGUGCACUGCAGAUGUUGUUGCUCAAAGGCCAACAAUGUCUAUUGUAGUUGCGCAACUAAGAGAGUGCCUAGCAUUGGAGGAAGCUCGUGGAGAUAGCGGCUUGAUGGGAAGCUCAAGUACAGCGAGUGAUAACCUGUUCCCGACAUCCACCUUUGCUCCAGUAGCAAGAUGA